UCGGUCACGUGGUGUCGCAUCCUUGCAGUGGGCAGACUGGCGUAUCUUUACUGGGUUACGGAACCGCGGAGCAGUCGGGCUGGUUCCGCGCAUAGCCGCGGGAUACAUCGGCUCUUUCCGCCUCUGCAGCCGGACGGCUGCGCUGCCACGGCGCAGGUUAUGCCACCCCAAAGGAUUACUGGACCCCCUGCGGUGAAAGAGAAGGGCUGAUCCCGUCCUUCUCCAGGUUCCCUCAGUUUCCCGCCCGAUCCGUUCCCUCCUCUCCCCAUGGCGAUAACCGUACCUCCCCUUCAGUCCUAACCCCGUUAAACUCUUCCAUCAACAGGUUCCUGCCCGUUAGCUCCUCUAAAUUAGCCUUCGGCCGUGUUAGCUAGCCUGCGAGUCGAGACUCUUCCUGUUGGCUGCUGGUUUGGACUCAUGGCUACUGGAGGCCAUGAUGUUCUGGCUAACCUACAACAGAUGGAGAAUUUAGAGACCAAUUAACAACCAGUCCUGAUUUUAGACUGAGGCAGGAAGCCGGAGCGCCCAGAGAGAAACCUGCAAACUGGUGAAGGUGGAGGAUCAGGAUGCAGCUGAGGAGGAGGAGGAGAGCUGGGAGAAGGCUCUGUCUGUGGAGCGCUUCAGAGACGUCAUCGGAGAUUCGGCGUCCUGCAGCGCCGAGCGGAUGGGCCGACUUUACACCGAGAAGGACUUUGAGUAUCACAGACACACGUUUCUCCACACACACCACCCGUUAUCCACCCACCUGCCCACGCCGCAGCGCAAGCGGCCGCACGGCGCCGACCGCAGGCACAGGAAGAAACGCAAGAAAAAAAAAACCUCGUUGCCGCCCUCCGACGUCACGCCCACCAUCCAGGAAGUAGACGAGGAAGAGGCGGAGUCUGACGCCGACGGACGCCUGGCGACCGCCACGCCCACCGAGUUCCCCGACAUCCAGCCGCAGUUUAGCUUUGGGAGCCAAGAAGACUUGGAGGAACCGCUACGACUUGCUGCCGUCCACGUGGAAAACGAAGAGCGUUCCAGGAAAACGGCGCUCACGCUGAUAAAGGAGGCGGCGAAUAACGACAGAACCGAGGAGAAAGAUGGAGGACAAGCAGCUUCCCAAAGUGCGUCGGAAGCCGUCAGUCCGGCGCCGAGCCGCGGCUGGCUGCGGCGUAAAGCCGUCCACCAUCGGCUAAUGGCCACCCAGCGCAGCAACUACGACCUGCGGGAGCGGCUCUGCAUCGGCAGCAUGACCGCCAUGGAGGCCGCCGUCUACCAGCAGGUGCCCACCGACGAGGCCGAGGCCCAGAUGUUGGUCAGCGCCGACCUGGACGACAUGAAAAGCCACAGGUUUGAGGACAACCCCGGCGUUCGGCGCCACCUGGUGAAGAAAUCCUCACGUUGCCAGAUGUCGCGGUCCAGCAUGAGCUCCACGCCGCUGUCCAGUCUGAAGAAGAAGAAGCGAGCGGCGGAUAAGAAGACGCACGAGCUGUUUGUGGAGCUCAACGAGCUCAUCGUGGACAAAGACCAGGAGAUGCGCUGGAAGGAGCGAGCGCGUUGGAUCAAGUUUGAGGAGGACGUGGAGGAGGAAACGGACCGCUGGGGAAAACCUCAUGUGGCGUCGCUGUCGUUCCGCAGCCUGCUGGAGCUUCGCCGCACCAUCACACACGGCGCUGUCCUUCUGGACCUGGAGCAGAACACUCUGCCCGGCAUCGCCCACCUGGUGGUGGAAACCAUGAUCAUCUCGGAUCAGAUCAGAGCGGAGGACCGGCCCGGCGUUCUGCGAGCGCUGCUUCUCAAACACAGCCACCCGAGCGACCUGAAGCACCGCUUCCACCGCCACCAGUCGUCAGGCAGUCUCCACGGCAGCUUCAACCACAACCACGUCCAGGAGACCAGCCUGCCCCUGGUGGCCGAGGAGAACGACGACAAGGGGCCGGUGUACGACCCGAAGCAGGACGUCUUCGUCAGCCUCUUUAAAUCCCUCCACCCUGUGCCUCCGGAGCAUCAUCCAGCUGCUGCCAGGUCCCUCAAGCUGCUCGCCAAGAUUCCCAAAGACGCCGAAGCCGUCAUUGUUCUAGUCGGAUCGGUGGAGUUCCUGGAGCAGCCCGCCAUGGCCUUUGUCCGGCUGAGCGAGGCCGUCCUCCUGGAGUCUGUGCUGGAGGUUCCCGUCCCGGUCCGGUUUCUCUUCGUCCUGCUCGGCCCCAGCCAGUCCAAUGUGGACUACCACGAGAUCGGACGCUCCUUCGCCACGCUAAUGUCUGAAAAGAACUUCCAUGAGGUGGCGUACUUCGCAGACGACAGGCAGGACCUCCUGAACGGCAUCAACGAGUUCCUGGACUGCAGCAUCGUCAUCCCGCCGUCGGACGUGGAGGGCAAAGACCUGCUGAAGACGGUGGCCGACUUCCAGAAGCAGCUGCUGCGCAAGAGGAGGGAGCGAGAAGGCAAGAAGCUCCAGACCGCCUACGGAGUGGAGCAGGACAGCAAAGCAGCCGAGGCGAGUCCAGAGGAAGAGGAGGAGGCGGAACAGGAAGUGGACCCUCUGAAGCGCUCAGGCGUCCCGUUCGGGGGCCUGAUCCACGACAUGCGGCGCCGCUACCCGCAGUACGUCAGCGACCUGCGGGACGCCCUGGACACGCAGUGCGUCGCCGCCGUCAUCUUCAUCUACUUCGCCGCGCUGUCGCCCACCAUCACGUUCGGAGGCCUGCUGGGGGAGAAAACCGAAGGCCUGAUGGGCGUGACCGAGCUCAUCGUUUCCACGGCAACACUGGGAGUUAUCUUCUCCCUGCUGGCAGGUCAGCCGCUCCUCAUCAUCGGUUUCUCCGGACCGCUGCUGGUGUUCGAAGAGGCUUUCUACAAGUUCUGUCAGGCGCAUGACUUUGAGUACCUGACCGGCCGCGUCUGGAUCGGCUUCUGGCUCAUCUUCAUCGUCCUGGUGAUCGUGGCGGCAGAGGGAAGUUUCCUGGUCCGCUACAUCUCGCCGUUCACCCAGGAGAUCUUUGCCUUCCUCAUUUCUCUCAUCUUCAUCUACGAAACCUUCUCCAAGCUCAUCAAGGUGUUUAAGGAGCAUCCGCUGAUGACGGUUUACCCGUCGGACUCCACCGUGGAUGUGGACAGUCCGGUCCUCAACCAGCCCAACACGGCCCUCCUGUCCCUGGUGCUCAUGAUAGGAACCUUCUUCGUUGCUUUUUUUCUCAGGAAGUUCAGAAACAGUCGCUUUCUGGGCGGCAAGGCUAGAAGAAUUAUCGGCGACUUUGGGAUUCCCAUCUCCAUCCUGCUGUCCGUACUGGUGGACAUCUCCAUUCCUGACACCUACACUCAGAAACUCAACGUGCCGUCUGGGUUUUCCGUCACAUCUCCCGACAAGAGAGGCUGGCUCAUCAGUCCGUUCGGAGACAAGCAGCCGUUCCCAACAUGGAUGAUGGGAGCGUCCAUCGUUCCCGCUCUCCUCGUCUUCAUCCUCAUCUUUAUGGAAACGCAGAUCACCUCGCUGAUCGUCAGUAAGAAGGAGCGCCGCCUGAUGAAAGGCUCCGGCUUCCACCUGGACCUGCUGCUCAUCGUGGUGCUCGGCGCCGUCUGCCCGCUCUUCGGCCUGCCGUGGCUCACCGCCGCCACGGUGCGCUCCGUGACGCACGUCAACGCGCUGACGGUGAUGAGCAAAGCCACGGCGCCCGGAGAGAAGCCCGUGAUCCAGGAGGUGAAGGAGCAGCGGCUGACCGGCCUGCUCGUGGCCGUGCUGGUCGGCAUGUCCAUCGUGAUGACCGACGUCCUGCGCCACAUCCCGCUCGCCGUCCUCUUCGGCAUCUUCCUCUACAUGGGCGUCACCUCGCUGACCGGCAUCCAGCUCUACGAACGCAUCACGCUCAUGGUGACUCCCGCCAAGCACCACCCGGACCACAUCUACGUCACCAAGGUGAGGACGUGGCGCAUGAACAUGUUCACCGUCAUCCAGCUGGCCUGCAUCGUGGCGCUGUGGGUGGUGAAGUCCACCGUGGCGUCGCUGGCCUUCCCCUUCAUCCUCAUCAUGACCGUGCCGCUGCGCCGCCUCGUCCUCUCCAGGAUCUUCGAGGAGCGCGAGCUGCAGGCGCUGGACUGCGACGAAGACUCCCCCAACUUUGACGAAGACGGCCGAGACGAAUACAACGAGAUCCACAUGCUGGUCUGAAGACCAGAACCCGGUUCCUGCUGCGGCGCCGCCGGGUCGGAGCACACAGAACCGCGUCACUCUGUGACGGUUUGGAAACGUUUCCAUCCAGAAAUCAGACGCUUCACCCUCUGAUGGAUCCUUCUGUCCCUUUACUCUGCAGGUCUGGGCAAAAGUGCAAUGGGGAAACAAACCUGGUUUAUUUUCCUUUUGUAAGGAGAAACCAGAGCUGCCUCUUCCUCUGCUCUGCCGUUAUCGCUUUUAGAAACUAACUGAACUUCCUGGCCGACUUUAAAUGUCGUUUUCUGGUGGAAACUCAGAGGAAAUCUGUUAGUAGUUCGACCCUGAACGUAUAAAUAUAUAACUCUCACACACCCAACCUUCAUUUUCUACUCUGUUUGUUUUCUGGUGAUUCUGUGUAAAAUUCAGUCAAAAUCUGAAUUGUGUAAAAGGACAGAGAGCAAAAAGUGACACUAAAUGGGAGAAAAAUGGCUGAUUUUUAAAUUCAAUCAGUGUUGUUGCGUAACCGUUCUUUAAAGGUUUUGGUGGGAAUUUAGUGGAUUACGUCACAAUGCUUCUGCUUUACAGUGACUUUUAUAUACUGAUCUUUUAAUCCGUUUUUAAAAAAUCUGGUUCAGAAACACGACGGUGUGUUGGUGCCAUUGUAGAUGGG